UAUAAAACAAAGUAACAGUAGGCGCGGAGAGGGGGAUCAGGAGGAGGCGCGCAAUGUACUAUGGGAAUGGUAGUUUCGUUUAGAGGGGAAGAUGUGUUGACGCGCAUGCGCAAGUGAGGCCGGGGUGACGGUCAGGACGACAAGGAAAAGAGAUGCCAGGGUGGAUGCAGUGAGAGGAGAGCCGGUUGCUGUCCGGGCUUGACAGGACCUGGGGAAUGGCGGCGCCAGGCCCUGCGUGGAAGGGAUGAGGAGCCGCCGGCGGAUGUACUCCGCUGUCAUGCGCCUCUUCCUGAAGUGCCUGCGGAUAGGUCAGAGACGCCGGUUCUGGGUGACCCGGCAGGUGGAGCAACUGUGGUUGUAUGGGCGUCUCUGUUUGCGCUCUCUGUUGUACAACUCCUUUGCUGACAGUGACACUGCUCUUGAUGCCCUCUUCGAGCCCAUCUACUGGCUGGUGGAUCACGUCACCCGGUGGUUUGGGGUGGUAUUUGUGGCUUUAGUGAUUGUAUUGACCAGCUCGGUGGUGGCCAUUGUGUACGUCUGUCUCCUGCCGCUCAUUCUGCGGACCUACCCCCUUCCCUGGGUCUUCUGGCACUUUAUCUAUGGCCACUGGAACCUUGUCAUGAUUGUCUUCCACUACUACAUGGCCAUCACUACUCAGCCUGGCUGUCCCCCACAGCAGUCUAAGGGCGACAUUGCUGCUGUCUCCAUCUGCAGGAAAUGCAUUGCACCGAAGCCUGCUCGGACCCAUCACUGCAGCAUCUGCAACAGGUGUGUGUUGAAGAUGGACCAUCACUGCCCAUGGCUGAACAAUUGUGUGGGGCACUUCAAUCAUCGGUACUUCUUCUCCUUCUGCCUCUUCAUGACCAUGGGUUGCAUCUACAGCAGCGUCAGUGGCUGGGACAUGUUCUGGGAGGCCUAUGCUGCUAUUGAGAAAAUGAAACUACUUGACAAGGAGAGACUUCACGUGGCAGCCAAUCAGAGUUAUUCUCAGACACCACCACCUACCUUCUCCUUCAGUGAGCGAGCUUUCCACAAAAGUAUUGUAUAUGCCUGGGUCCUCUGCAGUUCAGUGGCCUUGGCACUGGGUGUCCUCAUGAUCUGGCAUGCUGUUCUCAUCACUCGUGGUGAGACUAGUAUUGAAAGACACAUUAAUCGCAAAGAGAAAAAAAGACUCCAAAAGAAAGGCAAGGUUUUCCGAAAUCCAUACAGCUAUGGUCCUUUGGGCAACUGGAAGGUGUUCCUGGGUGUGGAAACAAAGAGGCACUGGGUCACCCGAGUCAUACUGCCCUCCAGGCACCCACCCUAUGGAUCUGGCCUGAGUUGGGACACCCCUCCUUGUGUUGCUGAACAGAAGACUCCUCUCCUGGCAAUCUGAAAUAGACAAGGAAAACAGAGCACUAACUGGUGGAAGGCUGGAGCUUACAUAUGCUUUCAUUGGGAAGCACAACAGAAAAUUCCAUCUUUGAGGUGGUGGCCCAGUAGCUGCAGUGGGCCAUCGGCACUGAACUGUUCUAGAAGGCUGAGGCAUGCUCAGCUGCAGGCAGCUGAAGUGGAAUAGGGAUGACUGGCCCAUGUUUGUGUUUGCACAGCUAGGGCAAAAUAUUGGCAUCUGUAAUAUGGAGGUAGGAGGAGGAAGAGAAACAAUUUUUUUCCUCUCUCUCUCCUCCCUAGUUUAGUUAAAGGAGACUGUCUUGUAGGCCAUGGUCCUGCUACUCUCCCUUGAAGUAGGCAGGGAUUUUUUUAACCUUAGAAAUAAAACCAUUUUUCAUAUA